AUGACACUGGAUGCUUCUUCGGUUCCCUCUCCUCGUCGGGCUAAGCGGCGUCCGCCUAUCUCUCCUAUAAGUACCACUGGCCUUCUCCGUAAGAGUCUGACUAAGCUUGGUCUUUCGAAAUCCAAGAAGACUCGGGGAAGUGUAUCGACUUCGGAUACUCUCGCCCUUGCUGAAACCGUUGACUUGGUCCCUACCCCCGUCGAAGAGCGGUAUAACUCGGUGCUUACCGAUAACUUGCGUAACGCAAGGGAUCCUCAGACCUUCGCCGUUGUCGCGGAUCGUUUAUGCACUCGCCGCAUGGAGCUAAUGGAGGACGCGGAUUAA